GAGUCCGACCCACUAGCCCCCGGCCCAGAUCCCGUCCCACCACUAGGGCCAGCCUCGAGACGUCAUCUGACCCUAGGGUUUCUAGCCCCGACGCAGGCACCGCCGGUGCCCCGCCAACCGCGGACGGCGACGAGGCAUCGGACCUCAGCGCCCAGGCUGUCGCCCCGACGGCAACACGGACGAGGAAGACGAGGCCACAAGCGGAGGGGAAGGUGACGAGGCUGACGACAAGGACAGCUGACCAGGGAGGAAGGAGGGAGGAGAGAUCCAGCGACCGCAGCACAACAUGCCACCCAGCAUCCGCCGCCGGCGAGGCCACCACACGACCACGACCCAGAGUACUUGGAGGCAGCAUUUGUUUUUCUUCCGUCAUCUGUUGAGCAGCAAAGCGAACAACCAUGAGGAAGGAGAUCAUCAUUCGGAUGUAUGUGAACUCGGAGAAAUACCAAACCAAAGCCAUGAAAGUGGCAGCUACGGCUAGCGGGGUGGAGUCGGUGACGCUGGCCGGCGGCGACAAGAAUCUGCUGCUGGUGAUCGGCGACGACGUGGACUCGAACAAGCUGACCAAGAGCCUCAAGAAGAAGGUGGGCGCCGCUGAGAUCGUGGAGCUGAGGACGCUCGACACGUUCGGCGCGUCGUCGCUCCCGCUCCCGCCGGGGACAAAGGGGCCGGUGGCGCCGUACAACGGCUCGCAGCACUACCAGUACGGCGCGGCGCCAGGCCCGUACGCUUACCACCACCACCCGUCGCCGCUGGCCGCGCAAGGCGGCUAUGGCUAUGGCUACGGCUACGGCAGCAGCUACUCGCGAGCGGUGGCGCGCAGCCACCCGGGCAACUACUCGCCGCUGGUCGAGAGGCACGACUACUACCCCAUGGAGCACUCCUCCUCGUCCGGCAGCGGCGGCGGCGGCGGCGGCAGCAGCAGCACCAGCUACAGCUCGGUGCCUCGCCGCGAUAGUGGCUCCGGUGGCUGCUGCAUACAGUAGCAGGCGCCACCCCGUGGCCUGCACAACAUCCAUCCAUCUCCGCUUACAGUUACAGCUAGAUUGAUCUUCUCAUGAAAGUGUUCUUCUUUUCAUCAGUUUGGAAGGUUGUAGCCGACUUUGUAAAUGUUAAUUAGCUGGUUGUCGCCCUGUUGAUGGUCUGAAGUGGCGUCAGAUGUUUCUGUAAUUACGUUGCUACUUCAGUUUGUGUUGUCGAUCAUGAUCAGAGUCGCGUACUCCAUUUUCAUCUGAACUUUGCUAAC